AUGAGAAGCGCUCACCGCGAUUCAACAGACCUGCCAAGCACCGGAGCGGUGGCACCAAGAGCAGAGCCGGUGGGUCCAUGCGUUACGUACGUACGGUGCUGGACAGCCCUGCUUGCCGUCUCAUCGGUCACGUAUGGACACGGUUGGACGGCGGCGACCGAGCUCGGAUCGGAAGGACCGUCCCACGGCCAGCCCGACGGUCGGCGGCACCCUCCUGGAGAGCAGCCCAGCCUGCCUGUAGGCGAGGCGGGGAUUUCUCGGCCCAUCGUCGGGGCAAAACUGCUUGAAGCGGCGCCGCGACUGGCGAGGUGCCUACCAAGCCUUGGCCCAUCUCGGCGCCGCUGCGUCUACAUGUGGGACGACGGCAUGUCAUGCAUGCAUGCACGCACGAAAUCCUCCGAGGACGACGUACGGAAGCUCCGCCCGUUGGAAGCGCUGUCGGCGCCGCAACACCGGCCGUUCAGCCUGCCCUCGUUCUUUCGUUUUGACGAUGUUCGGCUGGCUUCGAUCAGCGACGAGACCCCUCUCUGUGCAAGCCUCAAGUGCGCUGUCGAGGAACUCCUGGUUACGAGGAUCGAGGGCCGCGAUGCACACCGUGUGGUCCAUCAGGCCACGCUUGGCGAGGUCGGAUGGCCCGAGGAGGUCGCGUGCUCGGAGCGUGGUGGCCUCGGAAAGGCUCAACCGUGGCCUUACGCAUUUGGACAUCGAGUUGGGUCUGGGCUGUGGAGAUGA